UAUUGCUGUUGUCUUCUUGCUAACGUUAGGGUCAGUGCAGUGCAGUAGUAGUGGGUGGUGGACUGGGUUGUCUGGACAGAGGGUGUCCACGCCUUCCUCAUCCCAUCAGUCCAGUGUCCUCAUUCAGUCCAGACACACACCAACUGCUGACAAGGUAAUUCCAUGGCGACCAUCUCUCAGUCUACACACUUUGCUCUUCUUUUGUUGCUUAAUUUCCUGUCUGUGUCACUUGCGAGUCAAGAUGACCUUAUAGUCAGUACUAAGCAUGGGAAAGUUCAAGGGAAGUUGCUUUCAGUGUUGGGUGGUGACGUGAGAGCAUUUCUGGGUAUUCCGUUUGGAAAACCACCUCUUGGAAAACUGAGAUUUAGAGCUCCAGAGCCUGUGGACAAAUGGGAAGAUGUGAAGGAUGCUACCAAAUUCUCCAGUUCCUGCUACCAGAUGCCCGAUACAGCAUUUCCAGGGUUCCAAGGUGCAGAGAUGUGGAACCCAAAAACUCCUUUGAGUGAGGACUGUCUGUACCUAAAUGUCUGGUCCCCACAUUUCAACCAUAGCCAGAACUCCCCUAUGGCUCCUGUCCUUGUCUGGAUCUAUGGAGGUGGGUACCAUGGAGGAACGUCUUCCCUGGACCUUUAUGGAGGCCACUUCCUCAGUAGAUCUGAAGGUGUUGUUGUGGUAUCAAUGAAUUACAGACUGGGAGCUUUUGGCUUUCUGUCUCUUCCUGAAAACAAGAACAUCAAGGGAAAUGCCGGCCUGCUGGAUCAGCGUUUGGCCCUCCAAUGGGUAGCUAACAAUAUUGCUGCUUUUGGAGGUGAUCCCUCAAAGGUGACUCUAUUUGGAGAGAGUGCAGGGUCAGGAUCUGUGGGUUUCCAGCUGCUCUCCCCUGGCAGCUACAGUCUUUUCCAAAGGGCUGUAAUGCAGAGUGGCAGUCCUAAUGCACCCUGGUCCACAAUCAGCCAGACUGAUGCCUGGGACAGGUCCCUGAUGCUGGCAAAAUUGCUAGGGUGUCCCACAUCUCAUCCGGCUGUCGAGGAUUGUCUGCAGCGGGCUGAUCCUCAAAAAAUCUCAAUGAAGCAAUACGAUGUUCUCACUCCGCCUCAGAUCUUAGCCUUUCCCUUUGUCCCUCAUGUUGAUGGAGACUUUUUACCAGAUAAAGUUGAAGUGCUGUUAAGUAGCAGUAACCUCCCAAAGAAAGAGCUGAUGAUAGGCGUAAACGAGGACGAAGGCACAUACUUCCUUCUUUAUGAAGUCCCUGGAUAUAACCUCAGCGGUCAGAGCCUCAUCACCAGGAAGGAUUUCUUGAAAGGGGUGCAGCUUUCAUUGGCCCACGCAAGUGAUGUCACAAGAGAAGCUGCCAUUUUCCACUACACUGACUGGGCAGAUGAGAACAACAUGGUGAAAAAUCGUGAUGCGCUGGGUAGCUUGGUUGGAGACCAAAUGAUCGUUUGUCCAGUGCUAGACUUUGCUCAGAGGUACUCAAAAAAUGGUAGGAAGACUUUCCUGUAUUUAUUUGAUCAUCGAUCAUCUGUCAAUCCUUGGCCUGCGUGGAUGGGGGUUAUGCACGGCUACGAGAUAGAAUUUGUCUUCGGAAUGCCUCUGAAUGUCUCCCUGGGAUACACAAAGACUGAAGUUAACAUGACCAAGAAGUUUAUGAAACACUGGGCCAACUUUGCUCGGACAGGGAAUCCAGGAAUUGAUGGAGCUAACUGGCCUGCAUUUACCCUUGAAAACCAACAAUAUGUCACUUUGAACCCCAAGCAUCCAGAGCUAAAGAGGAUGAUGAGAGCUAAAGAGUGUCAGCUGUGGGACAAAUUCAUUCCACAAAUACAGAGCAUCUCAGAUAAGCUGCUGACUUGUUCGAACAGAAGUGGGAUUAUACGCUGCAAUUACAUAUUCCUCCUCAUUUUACUGGCUAUAACUUUUACCUAUUGAUAAAGUGAAGAGGCUUGUGUGCUGUAAAGCUCGGCUGAUCUCCUACGUAAAAAAGAAGGAACGAACAAAACAGGGUCUGUACCACUGUUGUAAAACUUUUGUGUGACUAUUGCUUCAUUUAUCUUUUCAAAGACAUUGAUUUUUGCUAUUCUAAGUUUUACAGUAUGAUUUUUUUUAACAUAUAUACGCCCUUGUUUGCUGCCACUGUGUAUACAAAACAGGAUGGUCUGCAAAAACAUUAUUUUCAUAUGCUAAAAUCCCGUCGUUAUGGAAAAUGAAAUACUUUGUGUUUUAAAUUUGCACACCAAAAAGUGGCUACUGCUGACAUGUAAAUUUUAAUACUGUUCAGUUACUUUUUUUUCAUUGAUGCCUUUCUUUUAAAAGUGAACAUGUAAAUGGUGACGACAGAAAGAAAAUGCAAAAUGUUUGAGAACACCCAUAUUGGGAAAAAAGAUUCAUAAACGAAUACAAUACCGUUGAUUUGAAACAGUUAAAUUAAUGAGAAAUAUACGUUUCUAACCUGCCAAAAACACAUUAUAUGUUUGUUUACAAGUACAAUAACUCUCCCAAAUGGCCGUCACUACUUAUGGCUGAGGGAAGACUUAUUAUGACUAUAGUAUUAUUGUUCUUUCAUGUGUAGUAGAUUUUAUCACAAAGACAACCAGGAAAGUUAGCGAUUGUGCUGAUGUGUUGCUUGCUGCACUGACGACCACGUACGGAUGAAUAAAGAUGUGGCUAAAAGGUUAA